CCUCCAAAUCAUUGGAUUCGGGUGUUCCAAUCCCCUCCAAACCAUUGGAUUCAGGUGUUCCAAACACCUCCAUGGCCACAGGUGUAUAAAAUCAAGCAUCUAGGCAUGCAGACUGCUUCUACAAACAUUUGUGAAAGGAUGGAUUGCUCUCAGGAGCUCAGUGAGUUCAAGCGUGGUACUGUGAUAGGUUGCCACCUGUGCAAUAAGAUCAUCCAUGAAAUUUCCUUGCUACCAAAUAUUCCACGGUCAACUGUUAGUGGUAUGAUAACAAAGCGGAGGCAACUGGGAACAACAGCAACU